AAUCACAAAAACAACAGAAAAGAAAAAAAACUAGAGAGAAGAGGAGGGAGUAUAUUCUCAAACAUGGGCUCCAAGAUGAUGGCAAUAGCUACAAUUUUCCUUUAUCUGUUCUCAGUAGCAGCUGCCAUGAGAACUAGAGGUUUUUCCAUGAGAGGUCCAGCCGAAAUCGAUGUGAAAAAAUUCGGAGCGAAAGCCGACGGGAGAUCCGACGAUAGUCAGAUUAUUAUGAGCGCAUGGCAAACGGCAUGCACGUCCCCAAGCCCUAGCUCGGUGGUGAUAUCCAAAGGGAGUUACAUGGCGGGCCCGCUGAAGUUCCAAGGGCCUUGCAAGGCCGACGUCAACCUAAAGGUGGAAGGCACCAUCAAAGCACCGUCGGACCUGAGCAAGCUCAAGUCGCAAGGCGCUUGGGUCUUGUUCCAGAACGUCGACGGCUUGACCCUCUCCGGGGGCGGAUCGUUCGAUGGCCAAGGCGCGGUGGCCUGGAAAGAGAACAACUGCGCUCAGACCGGCAAAUGCAACACCCUCCCCACCAAUUUGCAAUUCACCUCGGUCACCAACUCGCACGUCCAAGACAUCACCUCCCUCAACAGCAAGUUGUUCCAUGUGGAGCUCCUGAACUGCAAGAACGUGACGCUCCAGCACGUCACGAUCGAUGCGCCAGAGGACAGCCUCAACACCGAUGGGAUCCACGUAGGCCGCUCCACGGGGGUCAACAUCACCGGCGCCGACAUCAGGACCGGUGACGACUGCAUCUCGCUCGGUGACGGGAGCCAGCAGGUGCACGUUGAGGGAGUGACGUGCGGGCCGGGCCACGGGAUCAGCGUUGGGAGCCUUGGCAAGUACCAUGACGAGCAGCCCGUGGUUGGUGUGACCGUGCGGAACUGCACCCUCACCAACACAAUGAACGGGAUCCGCGUCAAGACGUGGCCGAACUCCCCGAGCGGCGUUGCCACCAACAUGCGCUUCGAGGACAUCACGGUGAAGAACGUGUCCACUCCUAUCCUCAUCGAUCAAAACUACUGUCCAUAUAACAAUUGCCAACAAAAGCUCCCUUCAAAGGUCAAGAUCUCAAAUGUGAGCUUUAGGAACAUCCGAGGAACGUCUGCAACGGCACUUGCUGUGAAGCUUGUGUGUAGCAGAGGAGUGCCUUGCCAAAAGGUGGAGCUUGCUGAUAUUAACUUGAAGUAUUAUGGGAAGAACGGGACGGCCACGUCGCACUGCGCGAACGUGAAGCCUACGAUCACCGGGAAAUUGUCCCUGCCCAUUUGUGCGGGGUCGCAAGGCUGAUCGAUCUUCAUGUUCAUUGCGGGAUUAGACGCAAAUGAUCACCGGAAUGUUUUAGAGAAGUUUGAUUGAUAAUAGGCACCCCCUUCACGCUCAUGGGCGUGAUGAGUGACUGGUGAACUCUAGCUGCAAAUAAAAAUUGUAAAAAAAGAAGAAGCUAUGUACUCCUUUAGGCUUUUGCUAGUUAUAACAGAAGGUGCUUAGUACCACCAAGAAAUUGUGAAGAGAUUUCUUGAGAAAUCAAUAAGAUGUUCAAUUUCCUACCA